ACAUUGGAAAGAAGAAGGUGCCCUGCCGAGUCUGGACAGACUAUUCGUAUUGCAACGGUUCCUUGGGAUGACUAGGCAUCGUGACAAGUCAAUGCGAUCGAUCUUAUUCGCUCAAUUCAAAAAAAAAAUGAUGCUCGAUCUUGAUAACAAAACUUACCUGGAGGAUGUUCUUUGAAGCUUUUGGCAAAAUUAGUAGGUAAUUGUCGGUUUUAAACCGAACUUUCGUGCAAAGUUACUCUUCCCUCGAUUUUUAACCCUAGAUGUCUGAACCUACUGCUGCACAUCAAUUCGCAUCAAUGGUGCGCCACAUUGCUGUUGCUUCUCAGGAUCAAUCUCAACACAGAGUCUCUUCGGCACACAGUUCAAUCGAAAUGUUCCUGCGUGGAGACUCUUUCAGUGGGCCAAGGGAAAUAUCCUUGACAGCACCAAGAUGGAAGUCGUUCUUAGGAAUUGGAAGGAUUACAGCAAAGCACAAUCCCCAACUGAAUUUCCAGAUCCUUAAUUGAUACAGAAAUAUUCCUCGGUGUAGAAAUAAACACAUAAAGGUAGGACCCAAUUCGAUCUCGUCCACCCUACACACGAUUCGGCUUUUAUCCUGCACAGUUUGCAAAGAUGCGAUGCUACAAGAGGUUGCAGUUAUUUACUACUAAUGACUGAUCAGCACACGUGACGACCGAGACGGGCAGCGGCUCUCACUUAUCCUGAAAAGAAUCUUUAUCAAAUUCAUGAACCUGUACUGACCAAGCUGAAUUCAUGGAGGACCAUUCUGUUACCAUUCUGAGGAGGCUUUGAUUAGGAGUUGUUUCCAACUUGAAUCUUACAUUAUUUCAGCAACGGUUGGAAGAUUGGGUAGAGUUCAGCAGUUCAAAUUGAAUUUGAUUGCUGUGAUCGUCUGUCUCCGUCUUUGACAUUUUAGACAGAGCCUCGGCAGUACGACCCUCAGAUUUGUACCACUAGAUGAAUGUCGCCCUAGGGAUGAUCCAUGAGGGCUGUUUUUCUCUGGUCUGUAAGAGAGGAUCUUUAAGACAUAGGGUUAGCAAAUCUGAUAGCUUUUGAUGAGUAUUCUUUGGCGUUUUGAAGUGGUCUAAUAGUUUUUUUUUUAUAUAUAGAAAAUUUGAUUGACUGUGGGCAUGGAAGCCCAUGGCAGGGGUUCCCCGAGGAGAAAAGGCCGCGCGACAUGAGCGCACUUGGGGUGGAUCAUUAAAGAAGGGUGUAGAGUUGCAUUAAUGACUGGGUGUGUUUCUACUUGGAUGCGGAGAAGCCGGACAUUAUCAUAAAUGAGACCGUGUUUCAGUUGGGGGUGGACGGCAAUAGCAUCAAAGCUGAUGGAUUGAUCGGAGUGUCCGAAUGCAGCCGUUGCAGCAACUUCCAUGUGUCAAAAGCCUAAACACAAUCCUAGACGAUUAAUGAUCCUUCGUGUUGCUUUUUGGCUAAGCGUCGCUCUCCCUUUUAGUAAUAGUCUUCCGAGGUUGUUUCCCAAGCCCCGGAUCCGUCUCAUUGACCACCUUCACUAUUGUUUCCCCACAUCCUCUCAACUGCCAACUUCAGCUUUUCGUGGUUGGAACAGUGCCUGGAUUGCACUCAUGAGUUCGAGUUCGCCUUUGCUUUGAGAGCAAUGAGAGCCGCUGACUCUGCCGUGUCUAUUCAGGUUUGGCUGGGGAUGAAGGGGAUGACGUUGGAGUUUGGUAUUUGUGUUUCAGUAGAUCAUUUUGCAUUCUAGACAUCUUUGUGGGUUUAGACCGAGGACUUUACCCGCUUUGCUGUGGCUCUAAUUGCCUCUAGGGGGUAUAUCUCGAUGUUAUGGUCUGUUCACGGCUAUCCUGUGCUAUUAUGCUCAUCUUUCAGCUGUUAAAAGCUCAUACUCUGUUAGAAGAUUACGUGAAGAAUUCUUGACUUCGUAUAAUAUUUGAAUGGGGAAAGCUCCCAUAUCGAAUGUUUCAAUUGACGUUUUUUCCUGGCACAACUGCUGUUCAUUCUUGAAACCUGUACCUACCAGGAGUUGCCUUCUUCCACCGCGGAUUUGAAUCGUUGGGACUUUCAAUACAAUGCUUGAGCCUUUACCGAUGCUCUCUCAUUGUUAAUUCCCUUCAUGAGCCCAUUGGAUCAUCUCUUGUUUGAAUCCUCCCCGCGCGAGGCAUAUUCUUGAGGGAGUUGUUUUGGUUAUUGUACUUGGUCACUAUUGCGCGAGGAGUUGAAGGCGUUCAUAUUUUAUUGUAUUGAUCUCCACUAGCUCAAGAAUCACUUUUGCAUUGUUGUACUCAUAGUGUUUAUGAGCUGUCUUCUCGAAGUAUUUGACAGAUGACGAGCUGGCAUUACUCGUUCUAUUGGAUUUACAUACCCCAACGAGUUUCCCAAGAUUGACAAGCGACAGCCAGAGUCUUCCGCUCUGGGUAGUGAUGAAGUUACAUGUUAGCUCCCCUCGGUGCAGGUAACCACUGCCAACGAUCUGAAAUCGCUACAAGCUACCAUAGAUGCUAUUGUUACCACAUGUUGGCAUCAAUCUUCGGGGCAGAAGUGCCGGGUUGAAGGCUUGAUUUCUUUCUGAUAGUGCAAAUUAUGGAGUAUGUGCUCGUAGCAAUCCAAUCCAGAGGUGACUGGGAAGAAGUGUAGUUGACGUAAAACUUCAAUUACUUUGGUUCACGGAUGGGAUUGGAAAUGCAGGGUAACGUUCAGCCCUCAUCAAAGGCUGAUGGCUACUUCCAAUAUACGUGAAAUUCAGCGGAGAAUUGAGUAUGGCGAAUGACUUGUCAAACCUGUGCCGAAUUGGGGAACUCUUUCCUCGGAAUGGCUUGAACUUUGCUUAUCCCAAGAUUUCUGAAGGAUAUGCUAAUAAGCACAAGAUAAGUGGCCGUGCAAAUGUGAAAGGAGACAUGCACGUGGUUGGGGGACCGCAGAACACUAGAGAGAAGUCACAAAUUGUGGAGUUAAAUCUCUUGAGGGAGGUGAUUGGUCACAGGAAGUUGCGAGGCAGCGAACGCUGUCUGCUACCGGUUUUAAACGCGAUACGGUUUCUAGAGUGCAGCAACCGAGUGCAAUAUCCUAAUGGUGACAAUAAUGCGAAUAUUGAAUCUCUUCCGAUGAAUGAACAUUCUCCCUCCGAUUCCAGGGAGCACUAUGGGUUAGCUUGGUCACUCUCCAAGUGCAAGUCUUUAUCUUCUCCGGAGUGGGAGACUCUAACCAAGACCCAACAUGGUUGUCCACGAGGAUCUGAUAAAGGAAAAACUAUGUAUGACUGGAUCAAAGUGCUGCGUCGUCUUCAGAAAGUUGAUCCUAAUGCCUACUUUGACAUAGCGAAUACACUCAUUUCGCAAUUUUCUGUUGUGGAGCCUAGUGCAUACUCUUGCACUGAUGUUGUCAGGACCUUCAAAGCAUCAGAGAAGAAGCGAGGGUUUUCAAUGACAGCCAGAACAAGUAAACCAUAUAUUACUUCUACAAUCAAGAAAAGCAGUUGGCUGUUCACUCCAUUUCCAAAAGGAAGAGUCCGUAAGUCCAAUAGAGGUAGACUUCAAAGGUCAGGAAGCACUUCUCGAACCCCACCGAGGAUAGGAGUCAGGAGUCCUAAGCGGCCUUCAAACUAUCAUGACCUGAAGCGGCUCUCGCCCCUUUUACAUCGUAAAUCACAAUUAAGAUUCAAGUUGUGCACGCCUGAAGAAAAUAAGCCUGAACGAGUUUCACCACCAGCUGCACUACGUUCGGGCAUGUGGAGACAUUCCUGGCCGGCCGACGCAGAGAGGAAAGCCACUGUGAUUCUGGCGCAGUGGCGAAUGUAUUCAGCUAGACGCCAGUACCAGGCGUUCCGACACGCAGCAAUUACAAUACAAAGGCAAUGGCGACAAUCUAGGAGGCUGUAUGCAGCAGAGAAGGAUAUUGUGGUUCCAAAUUUUGGAAAGUCUGACAUCUGCAGUAAUACCCAACGGCUCAAUGGCCGUGCUACUAUUAAAUCUGGAGCUGAAUCAUUGUGCAACGAAGUCGCUGGCGAAGACACUCAAAGGAGUUUGAAGACGCCUGGAUGUUUAGUUCAACUUCUCUGCGAUAAUUCAAUGCUACAAGAAGAAGUUUUUGCUGAAUUUUUGAGUUUCUUACCAUCCCCUGAGCGGGACCUCAGCGUAAAUGAUCUCUCCAGUUCUACCGUCGUUUCUCCUGAUUCCUUCAGGAUCUCCAGCACAGUAUUGGAAGAGAAUAAUGAUGAAGAUCCACAGUCACCUCCAUCAAAGACCAAGACGUGGAACUGUGAUCCCUGCAACCUAGACAGUCCUGUCUGUUCACCUGCGAAGGAGCUUACAUUCGCUAAAAUUAGUAUAGAUGGGUCACUUCCUCCAACACCUAUCAAAGAAUGGAGUUCGCGCAAGCGGGACCUCGUUAGGAGUCCUGCAGCAGUCCCAAUUUCAUGGAAUUACUGUACUAACGAUAUAGAUCAUCACUCUCCAACUAAGGAUUGGGCUACUCCUCCAGAAAAAGGUCGAAAUUCGACUUUUCUUCUUGCAGAAUCCCCCCAGGCUGAUUCAAAGUCGAAAUGGUCCCAACUGCCAAGCGAGUGGUUCGCGGAUCUUGACGACUCCGACAUAUCUGAUAGCUGCUGCGACACUUCCCAGGUUAUUAGCAUUGCGUUUUCUCCUCCAUCAGAUCCUAGUCUUAAGCCCCUUCAUGGUUUUACAGACGUUCCGACCUCGAGACAUGAGAUGAUGGUGCCCACCUCCCCAGCGCUGGUGUGCAUCCCCAAGGAUUCCAACACGAGCGGUUUACCUUUUCACCACAGUAGUGAAGACGUGGAGGUCGCUACUUCUAAUUCCGAUAAGAAGUUUUCCGUCUCAAACAAGCUCACAUCCUCGAAGGCCAUUGGUUCCUCCUAUUUGAAGGUCGUACCAUUGAGUGAGAGAGAUGUUGACAGUCUGAAGCUCAGAACUGCAAAUGUGCCAGCUAGGUCUACUGAUUAUCUACUUUCAUCUGCAUUGGAGGAAGAGCUCAUAGAUGAGCUAGCAAAACUUUUUGAAGGUUCGCCAAUCCCUCCAACAUUUACAUAUCCUUCAACCUCUCCAGGUGGCUGUUAUAGAUCAAUCAGUGACUUGCAUUGUUCGGGAUCAGUCAGAUUUUCUGAUCCAGAAGCCUUGAGUAGAAUCUGUAACGAGUUCUUGAUAAACGACGGUUUCUCACAUUCUGCUAGGAAGCUUGAUUUUAAUUUAGAAGAUUUUGAGAAACGGCAAGGUAAUGAAGGCAAUGAAGAAGAAUGUCUUCAUAUUGAAGGGAAGCACAUGUCAGGAACAGAGUUGAGCACCAUGGUGGAGGAACAUGUUAAAAGUUCAUCUCCACUUUUCUCACUUCCGAAAUUCACCCCUUCAGAGACGGCCAUUUCUAAUUCAGACAAAUCAGGCAAGAUUCUUGAUGGGAUUGAGGCGAAGUUUCUCGGCAUGUCUGAAGAGCUGGAUGAUGUUAAAGCAUCGAGAGAUUCACGAAGUUGCAGUAAAAUUUGUCAAUGUACAGUACAAGACUUUUUGCAGCUUGUGGACCAAAAAUCUGCCACUAGUAAUGGUGCUUCUAAAACUCUUCAAAGAGGCAUCGAGAGCUCACUUUCUACUAAGCUGCAUGGGCCUAGAUCCCUGCUGACUACAUUUGCAAAUGAAGAUGACUUCUGUGACAAGGCUGUGGAUGGGAAUGUUGUUGCUGUCGAAAGUACAAUGCACCAAGUCAGGAAUUUAUUGCCUGAUGCAAUUCAUUCAAUUGGGCGAGAAGCUGCAUCAGCCACUGAGUCCCUCAAUCCAGGUUUAGGGCAACCUCUUGUAUUUACUACUGCCGACUGGUGCGAUCCCAGCUCCACUAGAGAUGACACUACCUUCCUUGCCCCAGAAGCUGAGCGACCUAGUAUCGCAGUCACAAGAUUUUGUGGUGGGAUUAGCAAAUCGAAGCCCCCUUUGCCUACAAGUAGGCGAAUCUCCUUCGACGAGAGUAACCUUAAAUCUAACCUGGAUCACACUCCAGAUCGAAAGAGACUUGUAGUGUCGGAGAGGAAUGUUAGCGAAAGAUUGCUUCAUAAUAGCCCCGCUUCCCCUGAUACUCCAUUUGCCUGGUGCUCUGCUGUGCUUUCUAGCCAGGAAAAGUCCAAUACUUCAUCACUCUCGAAGAAGUAUUUUCUUCAGAGUCCAUCUUUAAGAAUAGACCAUGGAAAGAUGGACUCUGAUGCUGAGAGUGUAUCCUCGACAAGCUUAUCUCCGUCGAAGUUGGAUUCUGCUUUUGCAGAGGUUGAGAAGAAAGCUGGUAAGAAGCAUGCUAGAGCACUAUUCACUUGUCAAGAAAGCUCAAUGUCCCAGACGACUAUAAACGCCUUACUCCCAUCAGGUGUUAAUAGUGAAACGACUGACAAUGGAGUUCUUAAGCCUGAGUAUCGCACCCAAUGUGAUGAUAUCUCUCAUCACUGUUGUUUUGAAGACAAUUAUGAAGCCAUGCUUAAGCAAAGGGACAAUCAUCGUCUGUGGUUUCCGGAAGAACUUUCUGGUUCUCUGAUUGAUACCUCCGGACAAGAAUCUGAUUGCAGUUUCCGAAGAACCACUUCCUCUGGUUGGGGCUGCGGAUUGAUGACAUUGAUGUCGGAUGGGGGAUUCACGCGUGCAGGGAAUCCGGUACCUUCGCUGCAUGACCUAUGCAAAGUAUGGGAUGAGGAGUGCAUCGACCUCGUGACAAGAUCCCUCAAAUACAAGCUUUUGAUGAUUGAUCCUGUUCUUCUCUGUCAUGAGGUAAAGAUGGCAUUUACGAACCCAGAUUCUUCCAGCUCAAGAACACUUGAUUGGGAAAUCCAAAGCAUUGGGAGAUUGAAAGAGAAGACGGAGAGUAAAGUGGCAAUCAAGGAGCUUAUAAAACAUCAACGGGAUACUAUUUAUACGAAUAUCGCAACGAAUACGAGAAUGAGAGAGCGACACCGCCUGUACAGUAUGUGGGGGAUCCGCAGGAUGUCGACUGGGAGGUUGAGGAAGCUUGUUUACGAAUUGUUGUGGAAAGAUCCCAAAAGAUAUCAUGCAAGUGCAGACCUUGUGAUUGAGUACCUGUAGUCUUAGACAAAUUUGGAUACAACUUUAGUGAACUGCUUCUAUCUGUUCAUUGAUUCAAAUAAACAUAUUGAUAAAUUCAACCUUCACGAAUGAGAAUGGGGAGUCAUGUACAGAAUCUAAAAAAAUUCUGAACUCCAGGAGGUAGCCCUCCCAGACGUCGUGCAGACUGAUCGGCGAUCCUCUCAUGACCUCUCAUGUAGCAUACGGAGCAAUUCAUGCUCCAGAAGAAUUGCACUCGUCUAAAUCUGGUCACCCAAGUUCCAUUUUAGAAGAA